GUUAGAACAGUAAUUUCUCAGAACGCGUCAAACCGUCACCGGAGCAUUCCGGCUUUGCUUCUCUCUUUACUGCUUCCCUACGCCCUUUUUCUCUCUACACCUAUUUUCUCAAAAAAGUGAAAUUUUCUCAAGUUCAGAUCGAAAAUAAUCCCCAUUCGAAUCCAUAUUAAAAAUCUCGAUUCGAAUAACAUUUGGUUCGAAUCUUGAGAGACAAUGGGAGAUUUCAAUUUAGCGUUGGUAAUCGUGGCGAUAAUCGUUUGUGUGCUGGUGUUUAUAUUUAAUUUAUACCUCCUUGUAAACUACCAGCAUCCAGAUGAUGCCAAUCAGGCGUAUUUCCCCAAAUUCGUUGUAGUUCUGGGUCUCUCUGUUGCGGCAAUUUCGAUUUUAAUGCUUCCGGCGGAUGUGGCUAACCGGCAGGCUUGUCGGCACGCGAUUUAUAAUGGUGCGUGUAACCUCACUCUCCCCAUGAAGGACCUGUGGCUCUCCGUCUACAUUAUUGAUGCUAUCCUUGUGUUUUUCGUCAUUCCGUUUGCAAUGUUCUACUAUGAAGGCGACAUGGAUAAAAGUGUUUGGAAAAGGAUGAAAAGUGCAUUGCUGUGGGUGGUAACGACAGCUAUUGUUUGUGCUUUGGUGCUAGGGAUUUUGUAUGGACUUGUUGGUAAGGUGGAUUUCACUGUUCGACACCUAUCCUCAUCCACUGAACCCUUUCCAUCUACUUGGCGCUUAACAAAUGGUCAACAAUGUGUUGGAAGUGGAGAACGACAGUGCUCUGCAUAUUCUGCAAGUGCUUCUUCUGAGACUACAUGGACUAUGCGAACUACCUUCCCUGAAUAUGUUGUUGCUUUAGCUACAAUUGUUGGUUCUGUGCUUUUCACUAUUUUUGGUGGUGUCGGCAUUGUUUGCCUCCCAUUGGGACUUAUAUUUUCUUUCAUCAGACGACCUAAAGCUGUUAUAACACGUUCACAGUAUAUCAAGGAAGCAACUGAACUUAGUAAAAAAGCUAGAGAAUUGAAAAAAGCAGCUGAUGCACUUCAUCAAGAGGAAAGGAGUGGUAAUAAGGGAAGAAAAUGGCGUAAAAAUGUGAAAGCUGUAGAAAAGGAGCUGCUACUCUUGGAAGAAGAUGUCAACGCAUUGGAAGAGAUGUACCCUCAGGGGGAGAAGGCUGAAGCUUCAUGGGCCAUGACUGUUCUGGGCUACCUAGCCAAACUUGUACUGGGAGUUCUAGGGUUGAUAGUAUCAGUGGCUUGGAUUGCACAUAUAGUCAUAUAUUUGCUUGUUGACCCUCCUAUUUCUCCAUUUCUUAACGAGAUCUUCAUCAAAUUGGAUGAUGUUUGGGGUCUGCUGGGGACUGCAGCAUUUGCGUUCUUCUGCUUCUAUCUUCUGCUUGCAGUCAUUGCUGGGGCAAUGAUGCUUGGAUUGAAAUUAGUUUUUGUGACUAUCCAUCCUAUGAAGUGGGGAGCUACACUCAUGAAUUCUUUUCUUUUUAAUGUCGGCCUCAUUCUCCUUUGCUCAAUCAGUGUGAUCCAAUUCUGCGCCACUGCAUUUGCAUACUAUUCACAAGCUACCGCUGCUCAAGAAAUCUUUGGUCACACCUUGGAAUCCCUUAGGGGAAUCAAAUAUUUAUACAAGUAUAAUAUCUUUCAGAUUGGAUUCAUUGUUCUGGCUGGGCUGACUUUUGUGUAUUACGCAGCUUUUGGGUGGAGAAGAAAAAAGCCUACUGGCAGAUUCCAGCUUUCAACAUAAACAUUUGGUACCGUUAACACAUCUAACAAGUGGAACUGCUGCUAUUACUGAUUUAUCUAUGGUGUGAUUGAUGUAAAUUACAGGUUGCACGUGCCUUGGUUUUGUUUAGUGCAUUGCUUGGGGAAGAAGGCCAAACAUGAUUAAGGAUCCGAUAAAAGAAAAUUUUAUGGCCACAUGUUAGCACUACUGCCUCUGCUGAUGCUUUACUUCUGUCGCCUGUUUUCCCAUCAAUGUAUGUAUUAUUUGCUAGGUUAUGCAUAUAGUUAUCGGCAUUUGAAUACAGGAUUGAGAAUUACCUUUUGAUGUAAUAUAUAGUCAUUGAGCAGAAGAUUUCUUGAGUAGCCUGUUUGCUGUGUAAUGCCUUUAUCUCUGGAUACACUUUAAUUGUCCCAAUUCUUAACUGAACAGCAAACACACCAUUACCUGUUCAUUGAUUUGUGUUUAUA